AACUCUGAGAGAGACCCCUUCGACAGUCUCGCCGAUGAGGAAGAGGUGUUUCUCGACGAGCAGGAUGAGGACGAGGACACCUUCAUUGUCAUCGAUGCAGGUACCGACGAAGAGAGCGUCGUCGGCGCCUAAUGGACGGGAGCUCGUGCCGCGAUGCCAAGGCGGGCCGGGCGGUGCCUGAACCAUGAAGGUUGUCCUGCGGAGCUCCGAUACGUUGCCGCUGCCGUCCCUGAUUGGCGGCGACUGACUCGAGUCGAAUGCCGUUCUUCCGAGAUGUAUGCACCCCUCGUAAUGUCUGUUCAUCUUCCUCUUGCUGUGUGCUUCGUGUCUGUGUCAAUCUGUCGGAAAAUAUCUUUGCCAUACUCAUCCUGAUCAUUAGUGUCACUGGCUCCCCAGACGGUCCACUACGGUACGAUUUUUGCUCUAGUCGGCAUCUCCCCUCCCCGACCCACUGCAAUGGCGUGAGUGGUGGGGUGACUCCGACGCCCGAGGUUUCAAGGCGCCUCGAGUCUAGUCUAGUAGGCCGCGUUGCGCCGAGGCGUGAGUCUUGGUGGAUUCCUCGUCAGCGGAUGCCCGCGCGGCCACUCCCGGUCGGCGGCGUUCCAUUCAGACUAGACAGCAAAGGGCGGGAAGGAAGUCAACCAAGGCAACCUCGCCGGGCGCACGCCGUCCGUCCGCCUGUCGCUCGCGCUUGGCUCUGAGGGGCGGGCGAGCGGCCAGGCGUCUAAUAUUAUCAAUCCCGUUCGUGCUUCUUCUUUCCAACACAUCCCCUCGUAUCAUUUCCCCCCACGCGACCCCUCUACACACCACUACCUCACCUCUUCCCAGCUCCAGCACACGACAGAUACAUUCAUCAUGGCUGCCGCCGCUUCCCUC